AUGCUUGCUUUGGCCAGCUCCCUUGCCGAUGGAAAGAACUGCAGGGUGCCCGUGCCAGGACCAAGGCUUCGACUUCGAUCCCUGGAAGAAGCGUUGGGCCGUAGGGACAGAAGAAGUGCAGCUGGGUCCUUCCUGGCCGUGGUAGCAGGUGCUGUUGUGAGAAGAGGCCUUGGGAAGGUCGCGUGUGAUUGCGGACCUGUUGCAGCAGGCCUGCUUCACGUGCAACGAAUGAGAUCUGAUAGAGUGGAUCUCCUGUGUGAUCGCCGCGAUGGAAAGGCCAGGUGCGCAUCAGCUCUGGAACUGCCUCCGCAGAAGAAGCAAAGUAGAGAGGCAGUCAAGAGGGCAGCGCUCCAGAAGUUGAGGGACCAUGCGGCCAGCAAGGGCGGGCGAUGCACGUCAGCGGAGUACACGAACAGGAGGACAAAGGUCCAGUGGGAGUGCAAGUGUGGGCACGAGUGGAAGGCCACGCCGCACAACGUGCUGAAUCAGGGGAGCUGGUGUCCUCGCUGCGCCAUCGGCAAGCGAAGCCUCAGCUUGUACCAGCUACACGAGCACGCGAUGAGAAGAGGUGGCAGGUGCUUGUCCGACACAUACCGGAACAGCCAUACCAAGGUUCGCUGGCAGUGCAAGCUGGGACACACCUGGGAGGCCACAGCGGCACAUGUUCUGAACCACGGGACCUGGUGCCCCGAGUGCGCCCGCAGAACGACAUCACCGUCCAAGCGCACCUUGCGGGACUUGCAAGAGCAUGCCGCUGCCCGUGGUGGCAAGUGCUUGGCUGCCGAAUAUGUUGGCAUGAGCGUGAAGGUUCUGUGGCAGUGCGAGAAAAGCCACAUAUGGAGUGCGAGUGCAAGCAGCGUGUUGAACCACAAGACCUGGUGCCCAGUCUGCGCAAAAAAAGCACCACUGGGAUUGGAGCGAUUACAGAGCCACGCCGCCCGCCUUGGUGGACAGUGCCUGGCCGAGGACUACACGAAUGCUCACACCAAGGUGCGGUGGAAGUGCGGCUCUGGCCAUGUAUGGCCAGCAACUCCGGACAGUGUCAUGAACUCGGGCAGCUGGUGCCCCGAGUGCCAGAAGAUCGGCCUGGCACGUCUACAGGAACACGCCGCAUCGUUGGGUGGCAGGUGCCUUUCUAAGUCGUAUAGCAACCAAGCUGUUAAAAUUCUUUGGGAAUGCCAGCUGGGCCACAGGUGGAAAGCCAGUGCCGCCAGCAUCCUUCAUAAGAAGACCUGGUGCCCGCAAUGCGCAGCCAGCUCUUGGAAGACGGAAGCUGAGGUCCGAAGCAUUCUGGAAGCCAUCUUCGAUCCUGCGAGGUUUGAGUCGUGCUACCCCGAGUUUCUGGGAGGGUUGCAGUUGGACGGCUACUGUUCCGAGCUAUCCUUGGCCUUCGAGUACCAGGGGGAGCAGCACUUCGAUCCUGACAACUACUUCCAUUUCGGUGACCCUUCCCGCUUUGAGAGUCAAAUCGAGAGGGAUGUCAGGAAGCGCCAGCUGUGUGAAGAGACCGGCGUGCGGCUGGUGUUAGUGCCGCAUUUCGCCAAUGACAAGCGUGUUUUUGUGCGUACGGCACUGCUUCAAUGGUACUCCAUCGCUGAGAUCACAGCCCUGAUGUUGCCAGCACGCGCAUGA